CUGCUGGGGCUGUGGCCGGGGCUGUGGCCGGGCCCGGGGCUCGCCCUCGCCCCCCGCCCGCGCCCCCCGCCCCCGGACGCGCGCGGGGACCUGGACAGCGUCAUCAACCUGGCCAAGGCGCUGCUCGGCGACACCAAGGCCUUCCUGGAGCUCCUGAAGUCGCGAUUCCCGGCCGAGGGCGAGCACAAGCUGGAGUCGCUGCCCGUGCUGGCCAUGAGCGCGCUGGAGCUGCCCAACAUCCAGGUGUCCCGCCUGUCUCUGCCCCGCGCGGGCGCGGCCCCGCCGGUGUCGCUGUCGCCCCCGCAGGUGUCCCCAGGUGUGUCCCCAGGUGCCCCCCCAGGUGCCCCCCCAGGUGUGCCGGGGUCCCCGGGCGCGCCCCCCCCGCAGGUGUCGCCCUGGGGCGCGGUGCGCGCUGCGCAUGCGCUGGCGCGGCAGCUGCACCUGUACCUGGACUGGGCGGCGCGCGCGCUCGUGCUGCUGCGCCAGCGCCUCUGACCCCGC